AUGCGGGAGCGCCGUGGUGGGCGGCUGGGAGCCGCACUUGGGAUGCAUCGGCCUCCCGACGGACUGCACGGAGUUGCGGUCCCGCGCCAAGAAGCUCGCCGAGCUCCUGCAGCAGGCGACGCGGGCCGAGCUGAACGAGUGCCCCGCCACACACGUCAAAGCCGACACGGAGAGGGCGCUCCACGAGGCCGCGGGCAUGGCCGCACGCUGCUUCCAGAGCCACCCCCGCCUCCGCCGCUUCUUCACGUCUUCGACACCGCGCUCGCCAUCCGACGUCCAAAAACCUUUUCACGGAGUCCUCGCCAUGCUGAGCCGCUGCUCAGAGCUGCACAGCACGCCGCGCCGCCGCAGAAGUCUCGUGCCACACUUACCACACUAGCCCUCCCGCACCGCGUGCAGCUCAUGCGCAGCCCUCCCGCAUGUCGCCGUCAUCAGCCCCUUCCCGGAGAAGGCGGGAUUCGAGUUGUCCCAGAGAAGAUGGAGUCCCGCGCAGAGUCAGAUCUCUCCGGCGUCGCGUCGUCCCGGAGGAGUGGGAGGAGAUGGGGACAGGCAUGCUACUCGCCGCCGUGGAGGAGAUGGGCGCCACCAUCUCAGGCGCAGUGCAAGACCUUGCCGGCAAGGGACCAUGCUCUUCCGCAUCGACAUGCUCACCUCCGCGGUCUGCCGCCGCCAGCACGCAUCCACGCACGUCCAGCAGGCUGA